AACAAUACUUGGACAAAAGAGGAAAGGAGAGUAAGAGAUAUUAGGAAACCCUAAUAUUCGGACAUUCAGCAGCGUCCAGGUGAAUAGCCCCCAGAAUACGAACAAGAAGGUGAGCAGCCUGAAGAAAGGUCAUCUGAGCUCUUGAUGUAGCAUACUCUCGAGCAAGCAGAUGAGCAACAACGUUCGCUUCUCUAUAAUAGUGCUGAAAGGAGAAAUUGAGGUCCGAAGCAAUCCGUUUAACAGGAAGAGUAAGAUGAUUGAAGCUAGUUGAGUCUCGAUUUUGCCGAAAAAAGGAAACUGCAGCAAGAGAAUCGGUCUCAACCUCAACGUUAGAGAAACCAGCCUCUUUCAACCAAUGAGUAGCUACGAAGAUUGCGGCCAUCUCAGCUUCCAGAACCGAGCUUGCCUUAAUGGGAAAGGUGCCUACGAAAAUGAAAUUACCCCCAGCAUCCCUGAGCACAGCACCACCAGACGAAGAUCUAUUGUUCAAGGCGGCAUCAACUCUCAGAUUAAAGACUGGCAAUAACAGAAAGUCUCCAGGAAGCAGCGAUUGUGGCGCUCGAAGCCUGCGAGCCCUCUCUGGCAUGCAGCAGCGACUCCGCCUUUCUUCCUGAUGAAGGUGACCGUAGGCGGCUGGCGGCGAGAAAAUAGCUGCUGUCUUUAUUCUCCAGACCUAACCUAGCUACGGGAAAUGAAUGCAGGCCACACGUUUUGAAGAAGGGCCUCCUAGCGCAUGGACUGUUCGCUAUCAGACUCCGCUGGGAAACUUGGGCCAAGAGGGGGAGCAGUGGGCCAAGAUUACAUGGAGCUCAAAAUUGAGUCUUAAAGCUGCUGAUGUGCCACAGUUUUAACAACACAUGAAGUCCGGCUCAUCCUUAAGCUAAGUGCUCUUUCUCUCAUUUUUAUAUAAUUUGUCAAAUUCAUAAAUUGAUUCAAAAGUGCAAAGCAAAAUCAUAAAAUAAAAUAUUUUAAUAAUAUAGCAUCAAACUUCAAUCUCGAGGAAUGAGUCAUCCGUUAAAAUACCCCUAAAAAGAGUGAGUCUGGUGGAUUCGAACUACGAACUUGAGCACAAGUUGAGCUAAAUUACUAAUUUAUUAUCAUUAUUUUUUUAUAUAGAAAAAACAGACUUAUAAAUUUCGAGCACUCACGUACACCGGUAGAGUGAUGAAAUCUCACACCAUCGGGUCACGUCAUACGGGUGUCACGAUAAUAAGCUCUUAAUCCAAAUGUUAUCUAAUGCACACCCUAGUUUCCAUGUUUUGUACGAGUUAUGUGUGCCCCUAACUAUCAGAGUCAUACUCUAGCUUAGGCGCGUCCCACGCUUUAACUAAGCUUAUAAAUCUAGCUUGAGCUCUAUGUUGAAAAUUUGAAGCCACUUAAUGUGCUCAAGAAAAUAUAACAAAUUUAUUUGAAUACAUAGGUGCAACAAGUGUUCUAAAAGGCGCCAGGCGCUAGUCGGACAGUAACUGGCCGCCUAGCGCCUAGUCUGCUUAGGCGGGCGCCUAGGGCGCCUAGGUAUUUUUCCAUUAGUUUUUGUUUUCUUUUUAUUUCCUUUGAAUUUUAAUUAUAUUAAUAAUAAUUUUAUAAUAUUUUGAAAAUAGAAAUAGCUCAUAUAAUCAUUAGAUGUUAAGUUUUUUUAUAGUAGAAUCAUCAAUAAUAAAAUAAUUAAUAAAUAAAUUAAGAUAUUUGUGUUUUUUACUCUCUUAAAAUCUUAAAAUACAUUCUAAAAGGUUCAUUUAUAUUUAAAAAUUAUUUUUUUAUUGUGAGAAUAUGAAAAUAAAUUAUAUAGGAAUAGAAUACUUCGUGAUCACACAAUAUUUAAACAUAAAACGGGGAAAAAAGUUGGUUCAGGAAAAUUUUCAGUCCAGGCCGCCUAGCCACCGCCUAGCCCGCCUAGGCACCCGCCUAGCCGACUAGGCGCCUGCCUAGCCCGCGAAACGAUUUUUCCCACCGAUUAGAGCGAAAUCAGGACGCCCGGCCACCGCCUAGCGACUAGGCCGAUUUUUAGAACCAUGGGUGCAAGUGCAACUAAAUGAUGGCAUCAUACCGGCUUCUUAGCCGUCUCUCCCGGUCAUCUUUAUUUGAUCACUUGGAAAUCAUAUACAUAAAAUGCUGAAGUAGAUACCUUUAUACACAACAUGCAAAUCCAAACUGAUAUAAGAAUUUCUUUUAAUCACAUGAUCGGAUAUGCUAUUGUCUUAAAAAUAUUCUUGUUUGCUGGGAAUUUUGCAUACCUUUCAUUCCCCACUUAAGUCCAUGAGAAUUUCUAACCGUGAAAUACUCUCUACCCCUCUUGCCGAUCCCAUAAUCGACAGUCAAAACAAUGAACUAAUUGAGAUUUCUCUUUUCUUUGUUUGCGGGACGACGAUGAAGAAGAUGUCCGGUUCAUUGGUCCUUGGUAGAGCAUCCUUCUUACAUGAGAGCAAUUAUAAUACAUCAUUACAAAGUUACGAAGUAUCUUAGUUACAAAAGCACGUAGUCUAUUCAUAGCAAUCUGACAACAAAGUUAUUUAUUUAAAAAUAGUUAAUAACAUACUAAUAUUAAUGUUAACAAUGAUAAAAACAACACUAAUAUCAUAAUAAAAAAAAUAAUACUCAAUAAUAAAUCAAUACCUUUUUAAUUUGAAGAAAUUAUGGUGGAAAAUCACAUGUUGCAACCACAUGAGUUUUUUUGGUCUAGAAGUGCUUUUACAAACACUUCACCCACCGUAUCAUUCACAAGAAAGUCAUCCCUUCAACUUUAAAAGCUAGAAAAAAAAGAUUACGAUAAAAUCUAUUGCGUACAAUAAUACGUAAGGUAAGCACAAGUACAUAUUAGAACAAAUGCACAACAUAAAAACUUCCAAUACUAUUAAUAAACAAGUUUUGAUGUUUGCACGUAUAUAAAUACGGAAGAUAUUAUAUGCUAACAUGGAACUUUGAACUUCAAUCUUCAGUUGUAAAAUGGAUUCAUGUUUCAUUGUUUUGUAAUGGUUAAAGUGAACUUACUAUAUCACUCGAGUAAACUAAUACACCAAGAUUAAACCAUUUCUCAGAAUAGAGUUAUCUUCGCUAAAAGUUCAUGGUGGUUUAAAUAAAUAUUCAAAUACUAAUGUUAAUUAGCCCAUAAAUAUGUAUCUGCCAUCAGUUUUUGGAUAAAAAUGUCAACCUCUUUUAGUUUUUGGAUAAAACUGCAAACCUGUAUUAGUUUUUGGAUAAAAAUGUGAACUUCUAUUACACACAUAGGAACAUUCCGUAUAAUAUAUUUUAGGUGUGCCUAUAACACACACAUAAAAAUAUGGAAUAAUCUUACGUUGUCUCUUUUAAUGUUGGGUGCUUAUGGUGAGGAUGGUAUGAAACUUGUCUUCUUGAAACGAUGUCACUUCUUUUCCCUUUUUGGUCAAUAAGUCAUUUCGCAACCUUCUUUAGAGAUGAAACAGACUCUUUACAAUCUAUUGCCACAUUGUUCACCAAAUCUUGUGGUGAAAGUGAUUGUAGGUUGUUCGGAUUUUUGAAGUUGUGCAGGGUUUUGAUUGCAUGACCAGUAGCAAAAAUCCAACAAUGAUCUGAAUAUAAAAAUUAAAUUUACAUACAAGUAUACAAGAUUAGUGUAGUAAAUAUCGAAUAACUUCAUGCAUCCAAGAACCUUUUAAAAUUACUCCAUAUUCUUUAUUGGAUGUAAUUAAUUUUACACUGUUUUUUAACUUUGGCAAUCAUGGAAAGUUUAAGUAUGUAUAAGUUGACUAAAACAUUGAUUUCUAACGUGUGACUCAUGUGACUAACAAAAUUAAACAUAUUCAUGUCUAUUUGAAGGUGUCUAUAACAUCUUCUUCAUCGUGUGUCCCCCAUUUAAUUACUGUUAUAUUAAAAUAGACAUGAAUAUGUUUCAUUUUGUUAGUCACAUGUUAGAAAUCGAUGUUCUAGUCAACGUAUACAUACUUAAAAUUUUUAUGAUUUCAAAAGUUAAUAAACAGUGUAAAAUUAAGAACACCCAAUAAAGAAUAUGGAUUAAUUUUAAAAGAUUCUUGAUGCAUGAAGUUAUUUUAUCUUUACUACAUUAAUCUUGUAUACUUGUAUAUAAAUUUAAUUUUUAUGUUCAGGUCAUUGUUGGGCUUUUGCUACUGCUCAUUCAAUCGAAGCCUGCACAACUUCAAAAAUCUGAACAACCUACAAUUGUUUUCACCACAAGAUUCGGUGAACAAUGUGACAACAGAUUGUAAAGAGAUUGUAAAGAGUCUGUAUCAUCUCUGAAGAAGGUUGCGAAAUGGCUUACCGACCGAAAAGUGAAAAGAGGUGUCAUCGUUUCAACAAGACAUGUUCCAUACAAUCCUCACUAUAAAUACCCAACAUUAUCAGAGUUCAAAGUCACAUGUUAGCAUAUUAUAUAUUUCGUAUUUAUAUACGUGUGAACAUCACAACUUGUUUAUUAGUAGUAUUGAAUGUUUUUUAAUUUAUGCAUUUGUUUAUUGAAUGUUUUUUUUGUACGGAAUAGAUUUUAUCAUAAUCUUUUUUUACUAGCAUUUCAAAGUUGGGUGGAUAACUUUGUUGUGAAUGAUACGGUAAUGAAGUGUCAAACACUUCGACCAAAAAACUCUUGUGUUUGCAACAUAUGAUUUUCCACUAGAAUUUAUUCAAAUUAAAAAGGUAUUGAUUUAUUUUUGUUAUUAUUAUAUUAGUGUUGUUAUUUUUAUCAUUGUUAAUAUUAGUAUGUUAUUGUUUAUUUUUGAGUAAUUAACUUUGUUUUCUAAUUGCUAUGAAUAGAGUACGUGCUUUUGUAACUAAAAUAUUUCGUAACUCUGUAAUGAUGUAUUAUAUUUGCUGCCAUAUGAGAAGGAUGAACUCUACCAAGGACCAAUGAACCGGACAUGUUCUUCAUCGUCGUCCGCAAAUAAUGAAAAGAGAAAUCUCAAUUGGAUCACGUUGUUUUGAUUGUCGAUUAUGGGAUCGACAAGAGGGGUAGAAAGUAUUUCACGGUUAAAAAUUAUCAUGGACUUGAGUGGGCGAACAAAGGGUAUGCAAAAUUUUGCAGCAAACAAGAAUAUAUUUAAGACAAUAGCAUAUCUGGUUAUGUGAUUACAAGAAAUUCUUCAAGGUGUGUAUAUAUAUAUGUUUAUGCAUUACAUUGAUCGAUUUUAAUUAAUGGAGAAUCCUAUUCAAAAGAAGAGAUCGAUGAAAUUCGUAAUAUUUGGUGUAGGUAUUUUGUUGAUGAAAUGAUGGUGGUGAUGUGGUGUAAAUGUAAACUUAUGUAGUAGCAGUUGGAGUACAUUUGUAAGUAGCUUACAAAUGUAUUUUGAAUUAUGUUUAUGUUGUAGUAAUUUAAGAGAUAUUGAUGGUGGAUCUUUCAUUAUAUCAGUAAGUAGCUUUUAUUUAAAUUUUCGAGUGAUGGAUAUGAUAUGGUUUAAUUUUAAAUCAAACGGGAAAUUGUAUAAAUCGAGAAAAAAAAUUAAAAAAUUAAACAUUAGGUGGCGGUUCUAAUAGUAAUAACCGCCGUGUCUUAAAUUGAUUUAAAUUAAACUAUGACAUAUGCUGCGGUUCUUAGUAUAAAACCCGUCGCAAUUUAAAUUUCAUUUAUUCCACACGCGCGUCGGUUUUUAACAUAAAAAUCACCGCCAAUUAUUUUUUAUUUCUAGAACCGACGCGUAUAAGGCUUUUUGCACUAGUGACUAGUGUAUAUUGUUUUAUGGUAACGAGUUGACUAUGAAUGUUUUUACUUGGAUUAUAAUUUGUUGGUCUGGUCUGUUUAAGUUUGAUCUGGUCUGGUUUGUUUAAAUUUGGUCUGUUCCGAUCUGGUAAAUGUCUGAUUUUUGUGUAUUUUAUAACUACGGAAGUCAAGUCUGGUCUUGUCUUGUCUGUUUAAGUCUGGUCUGUUUAAAUCUGAUCUGGUCUGUUUAAGUCUGGUCUAGGAUUGAAAAUAGUCCAAGUAAAAACAUCCUAUAGAGACGGGCGAAUAGGGGUAUACAUGGAAAAAGUGUACGGAAUUAACAAUUAGUUCCACUCUUGGUCCUUUGAGUUUUAUGUUAAUUCCACAUUUAGUCCACGUAUUUCACUUAUUCAUUUUUUGUACUUGACUAAUGUUUCUUGACCAUUUAUAGUUCUUUUUGAGUGAUUCUAACAACCGAAAAUGUUGACGGAAAGAUCAUAUAUGAACAAAAAUAAAAUAAUCAAAAUAUCAAAUGUAGGAUUAUUUAUAGAUUAUUUUGAUGAUGCGGAUGAUAUUUUUUGAGAUUAUGGUUGAGAAUUGAGAUGUUGGGAUUAUUUGAACAGAUUAUUUGAUAAAAAGAUCUGGUAUCAAAUUCAAAAGCUGGAUUAUUUGAAGAUUAUUUUCAACUUUUAGGUUUCUUUCCCCAUUUUUUAGGCAUACUAGUUUUAAUUGCAUGCAAUAUGAGGCCUGUUAUAAAAUUAAUAACACUAUCCGAUGUUAAAUUAAAACUGCAUGCACUAGUUCAACUUCCAAAACCAAUUAAAGAAGUGUCACUUAUAAUUCAAAAUCCAAUUGUAAUUGAAAUCCAACGGCAAUUAUAUCGUGUAUAUAUACAUCUAUUUGAUUCCUAAACACACUCUAUUGUCUGUUUUCUACCACCUGGUUUUUUUCAACAAAAAAGAGGCCAGUGAAGCCAGAAGCGUUCAAAAACACAAUAUUUUUUCCCAUUCUCUUAAACAACAGUUGGAAAGCGGAGUUCCUCCAAAACCAGAGGGAGCGCCGUGCAACCGGAAAGUCGACCAGAGAUAAGGUCAGGAAGUAACGCCCGCUGGUAAUUUCUUCCAUUUUCUGUACUUUCAUGCUUCGUUUUUUGAUGUACUGAUAGGGUUUUUGUGGAAAGAAAGUUAUGGGCGGAAAAGGAGAAACUCCGGCGAUCGGAAUCGACUUAGGUAUAACGUACUCCCGCGUCGGAGUGUGGCGACCCCAAAAUGAACGUGUAGAUAUCAUAGCCAACACCUUUGGGAACAAAAAGACGCCGUGUUGCGUCGCGUUCACGGACACUGAACAUUUCAUUGGUGAUGCCGCCAGAAACCAAAUCUCCAUGAACCCCACUAACACCAUCUUUGAUGCUAAGCGAUUGGUAGGGAGGAGAUUCAGUGACCCCUCAGUGCAGAGUGACAUGAAGUUUUGGCCCUUCAAGGUGGUUGCCGGGCCUUGUGACAAGCCAAUGAUGGUAGUGACCUACAAUGGUAAGGAGAAGCAAAUUUCUGCAGAGGAAAUUUCUUCAAUGGUUCUAACACAGAUGAGGGAGAUUGCAGAGGCCUGUGUCGGAACAACAAUCAAGAAUGCAGUGCUAACUGUCCCUGUUGAUUUCAAUUACUCUCAAUGCAAUGCCACAGAAGAUGCUGGAAUCAUUUCCGGUCUCAAUGUUAUGGCCAUCAUCGAUGAACACACCGCAGCUGCAAUUGCAUACGGAUUGGACAAGAAAGCAAGCUCUGGGGUGAAGAAUGUGCUCAUAUUUGAUCUUGGAAGUUGCAGUUGUGAUGUUUCUCUGCUCAGGAUAGAAGAUGGAUACAUUGAGGUUCAGGCCACUUCAGGUGACACCCUCCUGGGAGGUGUAUAUUUCGAUGACAGAAUGGUUGACCACUUUGUCCAGCAGUUCAAAAGGAAGCACAAAAAGGAUAUCAGUGAGAACCCCAAGGCUUUGGAGAGACUAAGGUCAGCCUGCGAGAGGGCAAAGAAGAUCUUGUCAGGCAGCGUCCAGGCUACCAUUGGACUUGAUUCGUUGUUCCAGGGUAUUGAGUAUGACUCACCCAUUGCAAGGUCCAUGAUGCUGAGGACAGCACAUGAGAAAGCAAAGAGGAGUUCAUCUUCUUCUGCUCAGGUCACAAUGGAAGUUGAUUUUUUCAAUAAGAGUAUUGAUUUUUACACGACCAUCACAAGGACGAAGUUCGAGGAUCUGAACAUGGAUUUUUUUAGUAAGUGUACGGAGCUGGUUGAGUGGUUUUUGAUUAAUGCUGGGUUGGAUAAGAGCGAUGUCGAUGAUGUUGUCCUUGUUGGUGGAUCUACUCGGAUCUCUAAGAUCCAAGAAUUGCUGCAAGACUUCUUCGAUGGGAAGAACCUAUGCAAGAGCAUCAACCCGGAUGAAGUCAUUGCCUAUGGUGCUGCUGUGCGUGCUGCGGGUUUGCAGGAGAGAUACACGGUGCAGGUGAACCAUGAGAUAGAACUCCAACGGAAAAGGAUUGUGGAGUUGGAGCUGGAGAACAGAAGACUCUUGGCCAAGAUGAAGAGUAAACAGAGGGAGGCAGACAAAGCCAAAAAGUUGGCAGAGGGAUAUAUGUAUGAGAUGAUGAAUUUGAAAACGUACGGGAGAAAACGGCCAGGACCCGUAUGAGACCUUUGAGAAAACUCCUUUCCACCCCCUAAACUGAUCCAUGUAAGUAAGUUGUUAUGUAACCCCCACCCCCUUUGUGUAACAGGUUGUUUGUUGUUGGAAUAUUGUUUUUGGUUUUUGCUGUCCUUUCUCUCCUGCUUGCUGUGCAUGUAUUUACUACCAAAAAUGCUCAGAAAGCAACAUGACAUGAGAAAAGUAAGGAAAUUAAAUAUCCAACCUUUGCCAUUACUCCAAGGAUCUAGUGUGUGUGUG